AUGCAAGCAACUGGCCUAAACCCUCUGCUCGUUGUGGUGCGCAAAGUCUUUCCCAAUGAUCAGCCGCUGUACGAUGCAUACUAUACGAGGUACAUGCAGGUCCGGAAGGAGAUGAAGGAUGCCAAGCCGCCGCCACAGGUUUUGACGGAGCGCGAAGCGGCAAACUGGAAGAGCUUGUCGGAGAUCAACGACCGAAGAGUGGAGCUGCAGCGUUACGUCAAUCGCAAGAUCCUUCCCAAAUCUCCCGAAGAGUUGACUAUUGGAGACAAAGUGAUUCUAAUGCGGCAUCUGAUCUUGUGUCUGUUUACGUACCAGCCAGCCAUCCGCAAUGAUUAUUCAGAGUGUCCCAUUGUUCGCUUUGAUGACAUCAAGACGCCUGAUGCGCGCAUACUCAUGUCCGGUCCCGGAAACUACCUGCUCGAGUUUGCAAAAGACCAGUUUCGACUCAUUCUGAAGGAUUUCAAGACGGCAAAGCACCACGGGCCUACCGAAAUCGACAUGAGCACAAGGCCUGUAGGGCCCCGAGCCGUUGCAGACGAGAUCCAAGGACUCUCCAAUGUUGGGCUCUAUGCAAUUCCCGUGCGCAUGUUCUGGAAUAAAAAAGAGGGUAGAAAAGAUGCUGACUUUCCACACAAGUACGCACACAUCACGACGCCCGAAUUGUGGAAACAUUCUAAUGAUGAAGCAAUGCGGCAGGUGAAGGACGCCAAUGGAAUUGCGAUCCUGACACGUCCCAGUCGGUUGUUCGUGGUUGAUAUUGAUGUGUCCAGCAAAGAUAACAAAAAGCCGGGGAUCGAGCUUUGGAACCGUCUUAUUAAGGAAUAUGGCGAGCCUCAAACACUCAAAGCACAAUCAGGAUCCGAUAAAAGCGACGAGAAAGGGAGGAAAAGGGAAGAUGACGUACGAACAAGUAAAGCAAAAGUGGACUUGCUCAAUCUCGCUUUGCGUAUCAUGAACCAUUACUUUGCCAUCGUCCGCUCGACAAAGGCUGUCUACCUUGAGACCAUCUACUGGAGAGACGCGAAUGGGCAGCUUGAGCCCGAGGAGACUAUCCACCGGUCCGGCCGGGACUUCUCGGAGGUUUGCAGGAACUUUCAACUCCAGAGCCUAUCGGGAAAGAGCAAAGAAGUUGCCAAAUUUUGGGAGAGUGAUUCCAGACGCCGCGAAUACGAUCGAAUUGUGUUCGAGCCAGACCCGUCAAAGGGGUCCUCACGACACUUCAAUCUGUUCUCCGGGCUAAAAUUCAAACCGCUUGAUUGCAGAUUAACGGAGUCAGAGCUCGUGGAGUGCGAGGAACAAAUGCCAAAGCUCAUGUGGCACCUCCGCAACAUCUUGUGCGAUGGCUCAAAGGAGCGGUUCGAUUACAACCUUUGUUGGAUGGCGCACGCCCUUCAGAAGCCUUGGAGGAAGAUUGGUGUGGCUCUCGUGUUCCGCAGUGGGCAAGGAUGCGGAAAGUCUGUACUGUGGGACUUUUUUGGACGGAUGAUCCUUGGCGCCAUAUACUAUUUGUAUUGUAACGAGAUCGAAAAGAUCAUUGGCAAGUUCAACUCACUAGCAGCCAAUAGAUUGUUGAUUGUGUUGGACGAAUGUGGCAGUUGGGGCGGAGCGUACCGGAUGAACGACCGGAUAAAGUCCCUAAUCACUCAAGAGACGACGUGUAUGGAGCGCAAAGGCCAAGACCCUAUCAGCGUGGAUGACAAGAGCAACAUUGUGUUUACCACAAACAAUUACUGGCCUGUCAAACGGGAGGCAGACGAUCGUCGAUACUGUUGCCAGCAAGUCUCAAAUGCCAAGAUGGGAAACAAGAAAUACUUUGAUGAGCUUGUGGAGGAGUUGGAGAAACCGGAGACCGCAUAUCACCUCCACCGAUAUCUAUCAUCCAUUGAAAUAUCCAACUGGAAUCCUCAAAAGAUGCCGGUCACAGCUUGGGGGGAAGGCUUGAAGGAACACUCGAUUCCACCUCAUGUCAACAUGAUGCAAGCGCUGCUCGAGAACGGAUGCUUUCAUCCUUCUUUAGAAACGUGGGUAGCAUCGACAGACAUCAAGAGGACAUAUGACACGUUUCUGCUUCAAUUGGACAUCAAAGAGGAUCGGCAUACCGACGUCAACGUCUUAAUGCGCUCUCUGAAUGCCAUUUUUAACAUGAAGCCUGCGGCGCGCUCCAUCCAAGGGGUGCGGACCCACAAGGGUUGGUGGUUUUCCCCACAGGGCGCUAUCUGCGAGGCUCUCCAUAGAGGCAAGCUUCUAAGCUCCACCGUGGAGUGGGUGGACACCUGGCAGCGGCUAGACUAUACCGAGGAUGAAGAAGGGCCAUGGAUGACAGAUCCAAAAGCUCUUCAGGAGCUCGUCAAUGCUUCAAAAGGGUCAAAAGAGUUGCGACAAUCUGCCGCAGAGCAAAAGUGCUCGUUUUGCUCGAAUCAUCAUGGGUGGGUGGUGAGAAGGAAUGAGGAGGGGCACAUAGUGACUCGAGAAAGCAAGAAAGACAAACCUUCUUAA